AUGUCCAGGACGGGACGCCUGCUCCCGACGAGCAUGUUCGCCCAGAGGGGGGACCUGGCCGGGUGGACGUCACGGGCAAGGCACCUGCUGCUCGCCGUCAUCUUGGCCGGUCUUCUCAUCAGCUCGACGGUCCUCUUUUUCGCCUAUUCGCUCCCCUCUCGCAUUCACGGCGUCUUCUUCCCCUCGGUGCCACCAUUAGGCCCUGCCGAGCCCCCCCCGUCGAUCGACGACGAUGCGUUUACGCUGCAUCCCGAGCAUCACAUAUAUCGCGAGGCCAAAACGAUAUACCUCACGUGGAACGUCACCCAGGAGCGCAGAGCCCCGGACGGUGUCGAGAAGUCGGUGUAUUUGAUCAAUGGACAAUUCCCCGGCCCGCUGGUCGAGGCGAGAUCGGGCGAUGAGAUUGUCGCCAACGUCUACAACUCGAUCCCCGACGAGCGGGAAGGGGGCAUCUCCCUGCACUGGCACGGCUUGACCAUGAAGGGUAUGCUUCCCGGCACCCCCUCCGACCACCUACGACUGACGUUUCCAUCGGAUCCAGGUGCCAACGAGAUGGAUGGAGUCGUCGGCCUCACCCAGUGUGCCAUCGCGCCGUCCACCAACUUCACCUACCGCUUUCGCAUAGACGAAUCCCAGUCGGGGACCUACUGGCAAGCCUCGCCUCCCCGCCAACCCUUGCUGCCCCCGAGGCUGACGGUGACCAGGUAUCACGCCCACUCUGGCGUGCAGCGCGCCGAUGGCCUCUUUGGCGGCCUCGUCAUUCACAGGCCUGCAUCAAAGUCCCCGGAGACGGCCGACCCGGCGACGUAUCGGUACGAAAAGGAACAGCUGCUCAUGGUCGGGGACUGGUACCACCGCGCAGGCGGUGAAGUGCUCGAGUGGUUCGUCGACCCGAACCACUAUGCUUACGAGCCCGCGCCAGAGUCCAUCCUGAUCAACGGGAGAGGCUCCUACAACUGCUCCUUGGCCGUCCCGGCCCGUCCCGUGAACUGCAGCGCCGUCGCGCGCCCGGCGUUGGCUCUCGCGCACAGCCACCGCGUCCGACUACGGGUGGUGAACACGAGGUUCGUGCCAUGGCCUGUCUUUUUUGCUCCAUUCCGGCGGGCCGACGCUGAUCUCGACCGUGGCAGCAUCUCGUCGGGCCUCACGUUGACCCUCACGCACGCCACCAUGACGGUCAUGACGGUAGACGGUGGACAUGGCGUCGCCAACACCACGCGACCUGCCCGUUCCGUCGGCGUGCUGUAUCCGGGCGAGCGGAUGGAUCUCAUCGUCGACCGCGAGACGGGCGCCCAUGACGCGUCGGCGGCGAAUGACGCCGAAAUCGUCGUCACGCUUGACCGGGAGUAG